UUCACGUCGUAUUCGUUUGAAAAAAAAAAAAGGUAACAAAACGUGGAAAGUAAAAAAGCGGGAUUGAAUGAAAGUGCUUUCAAAAUCUUUAAACUAUAUCUGGGGAUCUUGUGGUGUCUUAGGCUUGUGAACCGUCUGUGGGGCCGAACGCUGACUUUGAAAAUCGAUUUUGCAUCUCUCUUUUAUUCCAAUGUUGCGAGAGUGAAAGAGAAGAGAUCAUUUUCGAUAUUUCAUGUUCGCGAUAGCCCCCUGUUCUAAUGUGGCGUCUUCAUGUUUUUCCCUAUUGUCAUCAUCAGCUAAUUGGGAUCGUGUCUUGUUAUCCUUGUCUGUCUUCGUACAUUCUCUGUUUGUAUCUAUUUAUGUCCUUCGUUUCAUCCUCAAGUAUAGUCGUUAUUGUGUUUAUGUCUCAUAUAUUGGUGAUUCUAUGAUUUAAAUUGCUCGUUUUUAUUAAUAACCUUGUCCAUUUUAGUGUUGUCCAUAUGUAUAUCGUCAUCGCGUUAUCGUGUCUUAUUUGAACUAAGCUAAUGACAUAUACUAAUAGUAUCUUUCAACGGAACUACAUGUCAUACUUAGUUCUAGAAAUGCUUGAAACAUCAAAAGGCUACCAAUCAAAAUAACCAAUAACGUAUCCUAUAACUCUCCUUGUGAAUUGGUUGUGUCCUGUGCCAUUAUUAAUUUAAUUUGCUUUAGUUAGGAGUCAGUCAAUUCAAUUUCACUUAUUCUUAACACCUAACAAAGUAUUUGUUCUACAAAUCACUAGUCCUUACUUAAUCGAAUUUGAAGUUGAGUUCAGUUCAGAAUCUUUUGGUAAUGAUCGUUAGUGCUUUGUAGAACUGGUCUGCACGCUUUUUAAUCUCAUUGCAGGUACUAAGCUAACACCGGAAGCUAUCGAAGCACUGUCCACUAACAAACGAUCCUUGCAUGACUAUUCCCGAAACAGCAACGUUAGUAAGAUCAUUCAGAAAUAUGAUGAUGAUAAAAAACAUCCCAAGUGCAAAGUCAGUCUCAAUAAUAGGCUAGGUAACGAAGCUAGGGCCAAUGUAGAUGAAGUCAAUGAUCACAAGGAACAUUAUGCUUUUAAAUCAAAUACGGCUGUACAUUUAGAUAUUGCGGAUGUCAACCAAGUCACUAAAGACCCUAUGGAUCUUGAUAGAAAGAGUAAUCAAGGCGAUCUAAGCAGUAGGUCCAGCCUAUAUUCCAUCCCAUCUAUAGAAUGGGACGGAAAAUUCAGGUCCGAUUACACCCUUCGAACCCAAUCCUUGCCUAGGAAAAGGGUCAAGUCCACGACCAAUUUGUUUAGAACCAGAUCCCAUAGCGGAUUCCUAAAUUCUUACAUCAGAGACCCGGAACCGAAUCAUUUCCACAUCCCUAAAUGGAGAUCUUGCGGUUCCAGAACUAACUCCUUCGUAUGGGAGCUUAACAAAGAAAGAAAACACCAGAAACCACAUUCAGUGUAUUUCUCAGUAGAUAACAUACACCAAGAAUGUCAAAAAGAAGAACUGCCUGACAUAGUUACGGUUAGAGAGACGAUAGUGCCCGUUUUCAAAGUAGCUGAAAUUCAGGAUGAGUUUGUUGAAAGCCAAGAGUUCAAUGAAGAUAACUAUCUGGCUGAUUUGAAUAGUUUUUCUUCAGAAAAUCAAACGGUUAUUGAAUCCGUUGAUCAAAACGAUGUCACUAUCACUGAAUCCAAAGUUGUUGAAGACAGUGUUCAAGUACAAAGAAACGAUUGCAUUGCUUCUAAAGCUGAUAUUGUCCAAGUAGAUUCGGAAAAUACACACGAUAAUCCGGAUACUAAUGAAGGCGAAUACCACAGCUUUUCAGAUGAAAUGGACUUCGAAGACGUUUACGAGAGUCCAGUCAAAGAUCUAGUUGAGAAGGACAUAAGGGAUUAUUCAGUGCCUAUUAAUUUCUAUUGUGAAGAUUACACAAAAAAAGAAAGCCCGAAAAAGUCGCCCAAGAAAAUUAUAGCGGUGAUCAAAGAUAAUUUGAUUCUAGAACCAAUACUAGAAGAAUCAAAAAGCUCUUAUGACGAAUCUGGUAGUUUCAAUAAUGAUACUACUAAUGUUAGAAAAUAUUCGGAUGCCGAAAAUGUGUUUACUGAAGCAAGUAAUGAAAUAAGCGCCUCUAAUAUGCCUACAUUUGAUGACCACGACGUUAAAAAUAACCAGUUCAAAGAAAUUAUAGAGAGAAACAUCGAACCCUCUAGUGAAGAAAGUAACAGAAGUAAAAAUGAAAAUAUUGACGGUGUUUUUGAAAUUCCUUGCGCAGAUAUUCCCGUGCAGCUAGAAAACGAAAUUCCAUACCAAGAAAAAGAAUUGUCUGCCCAAGAUGUGGCACAUAUAAAAAACGAAAUAUUUGCGAUGCCUGAUACAACAGAUGACAAUGUAUUCAAAAUUCCUAACGCCAUUCCGCCACGAAGCAUAAAAAAUGAAAUUGUUGACGACAUAAACCUUCGAAAGUCCGAUGACUACAGUAUUGCGUCUAGCACCGAACUAACGAGCUUCAAUUCCACCGCUGAAUUCGAAAAAUAUGAAGUCAUUGCUGAUAUUUUAGGCAAGAUCUUAAAUCGUAUCGAUGUACAAACAGAAAAUGACUACAUGGUCAACAUUCCUGAUUUUAAGAAAGAAAGUGAUGAUCUUCAUUUUGACUACAAAAAUCCGGCUAAAGAAAAUGAAUUGGAUGUGUCUGAUCAAUCAGACAAUGGUGAAGCAGAGAGCUUUUCUAUAACCAAAAUAAUUCAAGAAAUCGAAGGUACAGCAACUUUUAAUGAAUCCGUGUCAACUGAAAUCAGUGAAGCGGAUAGUCAGCCCCAUAAAAUAGCCGAAGCCAUUGUUUACUUCAUAUUCGAAAGUGCAUGCUCCGAGUGGAAAAAUAAAGAAAAGAGUAAAGCAAGGAUCGUUAAACGAGUUAUAACCGUUGUUGACUCCGAAGAUAUACUGUUUACUGCCGCAAGUCUGUGGCCGGAAACAAUUGAUUCAAAUGAAGAAUUAAAGGAAAUCGAUAACGAACCAGAAUCCGUAAAACAGACUUCAGAAGAGAUCCCUCACCAUAGCCCUGUCAGCACGGAACUGCGUACGCUUAAUAACGCAAAUCGUUUUGACAAGUUAAAAUUAGGGCCAGAAAUUAUUAAUGAGUUACUUGACAAAAUAGUGGUUGAGCCUGACCUUCAAGCUUUAGAUAAUCACAUGUCAAACACAAAAACCCUUUCAUGUACAGUGUCAAAUUUAAAAGAAUGUAAUAAAGACAUUAAUGAACCCGAAGCACAUCUAGUAAGCCUAAGAGAAGAUGCCAUAGACAAUCUUUUUCGGUAUUUAAGCGACGAAACGCAUCUAAAAUGUCAUGAAAACUUGAGAAAUAAUGAUAUGAAUGUGCAAGAAAAAAUACGGGUGAAUUUAGGUAUGCUACCUGUUAAUAGUAGCACCCAGCUACAAGAAGGAGGCGACAACGAUUAUGAAGGAUCAAUCUACGACAAUAUGAAUAAUAAUGUGGAGUUUAUCGAUCAUGAACAAGAAGAUAUACUCCUCGGAUAUGACCCUGAAAAUAUCAAUCAUUCCAACAUUAUUGAUAAUAUUGAAGACGCUGAACAAACGGGAGAAUUGCAAACUGAUGAUGAUAUUACACUAGCAUCUUCAAGGUUCGAUACUUUCAAUGAAAAUAUUGAAAUCGAUACAAAAAUGCGCGAUGAAAUCGAAGAUGACGAUAGAUCUCAUGUUGUUGAUGCAGAACUUUUAAAUCAGUUGUGUAAUAACGAUGGUAGUGAAUCUAUUGGCUCACAAAUAGUCUAUACAGUAUCAUCUGAUCAUAAAAUACCGUCUGAUGCUGAAUCAGAUGAAUAUGAUUACGAAGCUGAUGUUGUUAGUCAAAAAGUAGAAAAAAUGCAUGAUGAUAGUUCUCAUGACGACUUUCCCAAACCUGGAGAACGCGCAGAACCUUUUAAUGAAACUUUCGUAAUAGUUCCUGACGAAUCCUGCAGUUCUACGCUGGGAAGCCACAUGAACACAGCGUUUGUACAAGACGAUUACUUUAACAGUAUAUCCUCUUCACCAAAUACACAGAAAACUAAUUUCGAAUCGUGUACAGAAUCUCCAAUAGUGAACACCAGUAAUAGUACACUUUAUGAAAAAGAUGAUUCCAUUCUUGGUUCUCCUUUUGUCAAAAGAGCAUCCGUCAUUUCCAUGUCACAGACAGAACAUAGAGGAGGCGUCAAAUACUGGUUGUCAUUCGAUGAGAGCUUAACAGAAAUAGAUAGACAUAAAGACUCAUACAGACCUGUCAAAAAGUUUAAUGAAAACAAAAUACCAAGCUUUUUCAAAGUAGAUUUCGAUAGUGACCUUCACGACAGCUACGAAAGUAGUUUUAAAAGAUCUAGUGUACUUUUAGACGAUUGUAUUACUGAAGAAAACAUUGCCAUGGAAGAAAGCUUCAUAUCAGCUAAACCUAACUCGAACUACGACACUUGCGAUUCUGAUCUAUUAGAAAAUAUGCCUCAAAAAAUGCUUCUCUACAAGAACAAAAAUAUUUCUAGAUCAGAAUUACGUGAAACUAAUAAACGUCUUUAUUCCACAUGGCCUCCGUUUGAAGAUACGUUGUUUUAUAGAAUUAUUUCUAAGUUUAGGAUGUCUGAAAGUUUUGAUCCAAGCGACUUGGAUAAUGUGGAGAAAAUUAAUAUUACUCACUAGUAGUUAGUACUGAGAUUAUUAGAAAUACUUGUACAAGCAAAAAUGCUUCUUACAAAUUUUCAAUUAGAAUUUGAAAUAUCGUAAAAUGAUAUUAAUGAUAUGCAAGCCGACUGCAUGUAUUAUUGUAAUAUUUUAAGGUUAUUAAUUUAGGGUGUAAUAGUUUUAAAAAAGCACAGACUAAAUAAUGGCUUUUUACAGAAUAUUAAUUGUACGGUUUAAUAAAAUGAAUUGCUCCUUAUUUACUAACAAGUAGUAUAUACAUGAUUGAUCCAUCCACAAUCGACUCUGUGAUUUGCGCGCAAGAUGGUCUCGGGAGUAGUCACGCCUUUUUAAUGUUUACUAUGCAUGUUUUAUGUUCAAUGUUUUCAUGGUUUGUAUGUUUUUAGCUUAUUUAUGUAAAUUGUAAAUAAAUAGAACAAUUUCAUCAAAGGAAGUGGUUGUAAAUCCUAGGUGAUAGUAAUUAUGAUUUGGUACAGAAAAUGAUGAAAUCAUUCUAUUUAGUGCUAUUUUGUUUAUGAUUUUAUGUGGUAAUGUAUGGGAACUGAACGUUUGUUUUGUUAUUUUUUCUUUUACAGUAAGUACAUUGAGCUUGGCAAAUAUUCAAAAAUAUUGAAAUACGAAGUGCUUCGAUAUUUUUGUAUUUCCGUAAAACCACCCAACUAUAGUCCAAUACUGCAACUAUGGUCCACAAGUUCAAAAGGAAAUUAAGUAUCUAUACCAAUGUUCCUUGUGGUUUACUCCUAGUUUUACCUUCCAUUUAUAAACAUACUUUGCCUUAGAACUACAAAAAUAUAGUAAAAUACACAUCUGAACGAGAAAAAUUGAGUUUAUUUGUGGACCAUAGUUGGGAGCUUUGGACUAUAGUUGGGCGGUUUUACGGUUUGUACUUGGUUUAUAAUAAGUUUAUUGUGUUCCGCUAAGUUAUUGUUUUCUUGUAAAUAUGUCCCACUUUUAUUAAAAUGUGUUUAAUGCUUACGUGUUUGUUUUUACACUAAAUUUUAGCAGUAAUGUUUUGUCUCGAAAUGAAGCACCUGCGGUUACUUAUUUAAUAUUAGGCAGGGUUCAUUUCAAGUAAAAACAUUGCUCUUUUUAUAUUUCACUGCCUUUCCUUGUUUUUUUCUUUUUGUAAUAAGACUGUUGAGAUUACUCUUCAUACAAUGAAGGAGAAAUUUGGACUCCUCUCUGGGUUUAGAUAUAAUUUUCUUAUAAAUAAUCUUUAAGCCAUGACGCCGUACAAAUAAAUUUAUAAAAUUAUGAAUACUAGCUUAGCUAGCUUAUUUUUUAAAAGAUUUUAAUGUUUGCCGCAACACUUUAAAGCUAACUGGUUUCUAUUUUUAAAGCUAACAAUUAACGUAACGGUCACAUUUUAACCGGUUAAACAUGAAAAUAUUUUAUUAGUUAAUAAUAUUUACAAUGCGGUUAUUUUUGGUAGGCCGGUAAUAAAAUUGUAUCUAACCCAAAAAAAUAAGAAUGGAAGCAUUUCAGCAGUCUUAUAACCCCUGGUUUUGAGUGCGGGAAUGUUUUACUAUCCAAAAAAUAAGUAAAAACUAUAAAAAUAGAAACUAUUUUAACAUUUUUGGA